AAUCAAUCACUGGCCCUGGCCGGGCAAGGGGCACUUGGUAGACCUCCCGCCCCCAGAGCCCCGUUACUCGCCGCAGAAGUGGCCAGGGAUUCACGAUGCUUCGGACCUGUCGUGUGCUCCGUUCCCAGGCUGGAUCCUCCACUGGGGGCUGGCAGCCCCUGAGCUUUGAUGGGGGUGCUUUUCAUCUCAAAGGCACAGGAGAACUGACACGAGCUUUGCUGGUGCUACGGCUGUGCGCCUGGCCCCCUCUGGUCACACACGGCCUGGUGCUCCAGGCCUGGUCUCAGCGACUCCUGGGCUCCCGGCUCUCGGGAGCGUUUCUCCGAGCAUCCUUCUACGGGCAGUUUGUGGCUGGUGAGACAGCAGAGGAGGUGAAGGGCUGCGUCCAACAGCUCCAGACCCUAGGCCUUCGACCCCUGCUGGCGGUACCCAUCGAAGAGGAGCCAGACUCAGCUGUCAAGGCUGGCGAGGCCUGGUAUGAGGGGAACCUCAGUGCUAUGCUUCGGUGCGUGGACAUGUCACGAGGCGUCCUGGAGACCCCCAGCCCGACUGGGAACAUCCUUAUGCAGCUGAAGAUGACGGCGCUGACCAGUACUCGGCUCUGUAAGGAGCUAACCUCCUGGAUCAGAAAACCGGGGGCUUCCUUGGAGCUGAGCCCCGAGAGGCUGGCAGAAGCCAUGGACUCUGGGCAGGACCUCCAGAUCUCCUGCCUCAACGCCCAGCAAAACCAGCAUCUCCAGGCCUCUCUGAGCCGCUUGCACCGGGUAGUACAGCAUGCCCGGGCCCAGCGUGUGAGGAUCCUGGUGGAUGCCGAGUACACCUUCCUGAACCCUGCUCUCUGUCUGCUGGUGGACGCCCUGGCCCUGCGCUGGAACGGCCCCGGGGAGGGCGGGCCCUGGGUGUGGAACACUUACCAGGCCUAUCUGAAGGACACACACGAGCGGCUGAGGCGGGCCGCGGAGGCCGCUGACAGGGCUGGCCGGGCCUUCGGAGUCAAGUUGGUCCGAGGGGCGUAUCUGGACAAGGAGAGAGAGGUGGCUCGGCACCAGGGGACCGAAGACCCCAUUCAGCCCAACUACGAGGCUACCAAUCAGAGUUACAGCCGCUGUCUGGAGCUGAUGCUGACUCAAGUGUCCCACCGGGGCCCCAUGUGCCACCUCAUGGUGGCUUCCCACAAUGAGGAAUCUGUUCACCAUGCCACCAAGCGCAUGUGGGACCUGGGCAUUCCUCUGGAUGGGCCUGUCUGUUUUGGACAACUUCUAGGGAUGUGUGACCACGUCUCCUUGGCAUUGGGGCAGGCCGGCUAUGCCGUGUAUAAGUCCAUCCCUUAUGGUUCCCUGGAGGAGGUGAUCCCCUACCUGAUCCGGAGGGCCCAGGAAAACCGGAGCGUGCUGCAGGGUGCCCGCAAGGAACAGACGCUGCUCAGCCAAGAACUCAAGCGGAGACUGCUGAGACGGGGCCUGAGGGCACCCCAUUAGCAUCCCCAGGGGGCACGUGGUUAAUAAAGAUCCUGAGCUAUUGCCCAGGCUGCUGCCCUGCA